ACCAGACUUUAUUCAGAGGGGACUCCGCAGCACAAAGUCACCUCGCGCUCUGCUUUGGGCUUUUUUACGCACUUUUACUUCUAAUAUUACAAAAARAUAAAUAAAUAGGACUUAUUCCUCCCCUCUGCACCUCCCCUGGCUGCGGCUCGGCCGGAUGGACUCCAGGCGCUGAUUGAUUGAUUUAUUUUUUUCUCUUCUUGUGUCCAACUUUGUGCGCCCCUGCGGCUGGUUCCCCUCUGGUCUCGGUCCGGGUCUCCGAACAGCCAGGGACAGAACUGCGACUUUUCAUUCUGGAGGAGGACAGCGGGGGGAGGAGGAGGAGGACACGGUGGUGGCGGUGGUCGAUCGGAAGUCGCUCCUCUGGGCAGCAGGCUCCUGUUCUGCAGCACAUAAAACCCUCAGAAAUACAGCAUCACAAACACAUCAUUAUACACCAUAGACACAAAGACAAACAAGCUUUUUGCGUCUCAUCCCUGAAGAACCCGAGCAAGUGGCGCCUCCUCCUCUCCGGUCUCACCGAUUCUGUCAGGACGAAAACCCAAGUUCCAGCAGACCGGGACGGAACCAGCUGACUUGGAGGCUUUAACAAGGACCUGAGGAUCCAGGAUGAGCAAACCCGCCGGUUCAACAAGUGGCUGUUUGGAUAUUCUGAACGUCAAAUCCAGUCGGAUUCUGGACAUCCCGUGCAAAGUGUGCGGAGAUCGCAGCUCAGGGAAGCACUACGGUGUCUACGCGUGUGACGGCUGCUCGGGAUUCUUCAAGAGGAGCAUCCGCAGGAACAGGACCUACGUGUGUAAAUCUGGCUCCCAGGGUGGUUGUCCCGUUGACAAAACUCACAGAAACCAGUGCCGAGCGUGUCGGUUGAAAAAAUGUCUGGAGGUGAACAUGAAUAAAGAUGCCGUCCAGCACGAAAGGGGGCCCCGGACGUCCACGAUCCGCAAACAAGUCGCCCUUUAUUUCCGGGGCCACAAAGAGGUGAACGGAUCCUCGACCCACUUCCCGGGCUCCUCGCUGCCGGGGCCGCCCUUCUUCACCACCGUCACGCAGCUGGAGCCCCACAACCUGGAGAUGAGCUCCGUGGCCACCACGCCCGAAAGACAGGCCAUCGUGGGGCUGGCACAGCCCACCCCAAAGUAUCCCCAUGAGGUCACCGGCACCCCCAUGUACCUGUACGAGGUGGCCACGGAGUCUGUGUGCGAGUCGGCCGCGCGCCUCCUCUUCAUGAGCAUCAAGUGGGCCAAAAGUGUCCCCGCCUUCUCCACCCUGCCUUUAUCUGACCAGCUGAUUCUGCUGGAGGACGCGUGGAGGGAACUGUUCGUUCUGGGCAUCGCGCAGUGGGCCAUUCCCGUGGACGCCACCACCCUCCUCGCCGUCUCAGGGAUGAACACGGAGAACACGGAGUCUCAGCGGAUGAACAAGAUCAUGUCAGAGAUCCAGGCGCUGCAGGAGGUGGUCACCAGAUUCCGCCAGAUGCGCCUUGACGCAACGGAGUUCGCUUGCUUGAAAUGCAUCGUGACGUUUAAAGCAGUUCCCACGCAAGGUGGCACUGAAUUAAGAAGUUUCCGCAACGCCAGUGCCAUCGCAGCGCUCCAAGACGAAGCGCAGCUCACUCUCAACAGCUACAUCCACACCAGGUAUCCCACUCAGCCCUGCCGCUUCGGGAAGCUGCUGCUGCUCCUCCCGGCGCUCCGCUCCGUCAGCCCGUCCACCAUAGAGGAGGUGUUCUUCAAAAAGACCAUCGGAAACGUGCCCAUCACCAGACUCCUCUCGGACAUGUACAAGUCCAGCGACAUUUGAACUCAGACGUGGGGAGGAGGAUAAAAUAAAAACAAAUAAAGACUCGGGUCAUGUCAGGUGCAGAACUCUUAGUGUAGCCUAUAGGCUCAGCUGAAACAAAAACACCCCCCCCCCCCAGUAUCAUCACUUUAUAGUUAGCAGCUGCGCUAGGCAAAAAAAAUAAAUAAAAAUAUUAGCAUCAUAGGCCGCUUACGUCAUCCAGAAAGUGCAGGUUUUUACUUUAAGACUCCGAAACCUCCCGAGUUCACAGUUGUUCUGUAAAACAAUGUUUUAAGUGUCUGUGAGACCAAUGAGCCUGACGACCAACUCAACCGUUUUAACUGCUGUUCAAUCGCCAACGGAGGAAACCAAAAGAAAGACGGCGCAUGCGCAGAGCGAAGAAGCGCGCGUCGCUGUUCCCUCAGUCCAGUGCUGAAACCAAACCCGCAGAGGGUUCCAGCUCUGUGAAGACCUGCGGAAGAAAAUGGAAAAGGAAAAAAAAAAAAAAACUCUUUAAAAGAAGAAAAGUUGCUUUUUUUCCCCCCCUCUCCUGACUGUAAAACACGAUACAUCAGAGGAUGUUUGUUUGUUCCAGUGGCUGCUGUCCCCAUUUGUGUUAAUGUGUUUAUUUGAGGCGCGUUGAAAAUGUUUGUGAAGAUAGACACUAACACCAGAUAAAAUAAUAUCCAGCACUUGGAUUUUUUUUGUGGACUGUGGUGUUUAUAUCAUGCUGUAAAUAUCUGGUUAUAAAUAAACCUUCGCACAAAAAAUAA